AGCAGUUAGCAUAGUGUCAUCAAUUUUUCUGUUCUUUUUUUUCUUCUAUGGCGUGAUACUCUCAAAGCAUCAGGAAAGAAAGCACAUUGACAUGUAAUAAAGUGCAUACGGCAUAACAGCGAGUGUGCAUGAAUUAUUUUAAGCUACGGAAGUGCAGUUACUUUCACUUUAAUUUUUUGGGAGUAGAGGCCCGCGUGUCAGAUUGCAUCGUUUCUCACGAUGGCAGCAACUAAACCUUCUCUGUCCGCUGAUCAGUACUUGUGCCCGGUAUGUCUGGAGGUCCUGAAGGAGCCGGUCAGUCUUACGUGUGGACACAACUACUGUCUGGAUUGCAUCAACGACUACUGGGACAAGGCGGACAAAGAGGGGGCUUACAACUGUCCUCAGUGCAGGCGAACAUUUAAUGUGAGGCCAGAAAUUAACAGAAAUGUAAUGUUAAAAGAUAUAAUAGAGAAAUUACAAGACAUGGAAGUCGCGGUCUCUCCAUCUCAGCAGUACGCUGGACCUGACGAUGUGCCCUGUGAUGCGUGUACAGGGAAACAACUGAGAGCAGUAAAGACCUGCCUGACGUGCAUGGCCUCCUACUGUGAGACACACCUGCGGCCCCACCUGGAAUCUGAAGCGUUCAAAAGACACAUGUUGAAGGAGCCGACUGGAAAUCUUGAAGAGAAACUGUGCACGAAACACCAAGAAGUUCUGAAAAUCUUCUGUCGGACCGAUGAGACCUGCGUCUGCCUAAUGUGUGCAGUGACGGAACAUAAAAAUCAUGACACGGUGACCCCUGAAGAAGAGAGAACUGAGAGACAGUGUCAUGUAGAGAAUAGAAUGGCAAAAAUGAAGAAGAAAAUUCAAGCGAAAGAGAAGAAAGUGGAGGAGACAAAGGAGGCCAUAGUGAGGAUUCAGUGCUCUGCAGUGAAAGAAAUACAGGAACACCAGGAGAUUUUUACAUCUCUACUGCACUCUCUAGAGAAGCUACAAUCAGAGGUCACUGGAGUGAUUAAAGAUCAUGAGAAGAGGGAAGUGACAAAGGCUCAAGAGCUCAUUGAGCGACUGGAGAAGGAGAUAGAGGACCUGAGGAGGAGAGAUGCUGAGCUGUCUGAGCUCUCACAGUUAGAUGACCACAUUCACUUCCUAAAGAAGUUCCCAUUUUCCGGUUUCACUCUUGAACAUGGUGAUUCACCCAACAUCACUUUUAUUGAAGAUUUUCUUCCUGAGACACUAAGGAAGGACCUGACUGAUCUGAAGGAGAGCUUGGAGAAGGUCAGCAGCUUAGAACUUGUGAAAACCAGUCAGACAGAAGUCAGCACUCCAGAUUAUGCCAUACAGAAUCUGAAAAUUGGAGAUCAAGUUUUAAAAUCUGAUGACAGACCUCCCCAGCUCUCUAAUGUGCAGAUUUACUUCACUGAAUUUAAUCAGCCCUGCACCCUGACCUGCGUCAUUUCAGACUUCUACCCCAAAGAGAUCAAUGUCACCUGGAUGAGAAGACACAAAGAAACACAGAGGACUGACAUGGCUGAGUCAGAGAACUGGAAGGCCACGGUGUGUCACUAUGGGCCAACCUUAAGAGAUAAUGAAUACUCGCUGAUGUCUCAAGCCGUGUUCACCCCACAAUCCCUGAAUGACCUGGAGGACAUGGAGUUCAUCUGCAGUGUGGAGCACAAGACCCUGAAGGAGGUGCCCAUUGAGAAGAACUCCUCAGUGAUUCCUGGUCUGCAGAAGCGGCCAAUUGUGUCACGUAUGCAGGUGACUAAUAAUUCUGGGAAUGGAGGUAUGCAGAUGACUAAUUAUGCUGGGUAUGGAGGUAUGCAGGUGACUAAUUAUGCUGGAAAUGGUAGGCAAUACAAACUAACCUGCUCCAUCCAGGAUUUUUUCCCCAAAGACAUCAAAGUAACCUGGCAGUCAAGGGGCUAUUAUAAUGGCAAUAUCAGUAGUUCACCUUCUGUUCCUAAAAGAGGACAACAGAGCUACAAUCUGGUGUCUGAAAGCACUUUCACCCCACGCAGUAAGAAUGACCCAGAAGAUGUGAUCUGUAAGGUGGAGCAUGUGACUCUGAACGGCAAGUGUAUAGAGAUACAGAUUGGAAAGCUGGUCUGGUGAAUGUAUCUGUGUUUCGUAUGUAGUAUUGGGUAAGUUACUUUUAAAUAGUAAUA